AUGACGUUUGCGUGUCACGAAUGCUGGGCCGUCUUCGUUAGGAGUGAGCAUCUCCAGCGCCACAUGGAGGGACACAUGGGUAUGCGGCCAUUCUCUUGCGGUGAAUGUACCGCCUCCUUCUCUCGGAAAGACAUCCUCGUUCGGCACAUGCAGAUCCACGAGUCGCCGGAAACACCACCUGCAAAGCAACACAGAACGCCGUACGUCGCCCAGGCGUGCUUGAAGUGUGCAAAGUCGAAGCAGCGUUGUGAUGGCCAGCUUCCCUGUGGCAGAUGCACAUCGAAGCGGCUGCAAUGUUCAUACCCACCGUCUAAAAGCCGACGUGCCACUCAGAACACGCCAGGGUCUGUCGCCAGUCAAAAUCAGGGUCUGCAAAAUGAGGCGAACCAUACAGGGUUUUGCGAUCAGCCAGGAUUGAAUCAACAGUUACAAAGCUCGACAGAAUCAGAUACUACUUCACUCUCAUACUGGCCGCCGAGUAACAAUGAAUCGAUGACCGGUCUGUCGUCCCAGCCUUCCCUGGCCCCAGAUCAAAAUAUUGGGUCUGUGUUUGGGGUAUAUGGUGACUUUGAGUGGUCUGGCCCCAGCGAUGCAGGAGCAUUUUGGGGAUUAGAAACUUAUCUCUCAUUGGGAGCAAUGCCUACUUUGUCGUCCCCUUCAGCCCUGGAAUCCUCACAGUCACUUGCCGAUGCAACGCCAAAUUUACAACCCCCAGCCUCAAGCGGCCCCGAAGUGGGCAGACCUGAAACAGACAAACUAGCGCCCAGGGUGACUCAAACCUUGGAAUCCCCUCAUUCGUCGAAUGGAAGGUUAAGUGACAGGAGCCUUUCAGCAACAAAUGAUUGUAUCGACCCAGAUUCCGAUGCCUGGCGCGCAGAGGAUUACUGCCACGUGCCGCGUUUGUCAGAGGACGUGUACCAAGAAAUGAUCAAGCAUUUUGCACGUUAUAAUCGAGAUGACGAGUAUUGGUCUAUUUUCACCUCCAGCGACUUUCCGCCAAUUACUCAUAUCAAUACCUUCAUACAAGUGUAUUUUGAAGAGUUUCACUCUCUGCUUCCGUUCCUUCACAAAGCAUCUUUCGCCCCAACAAAAGACCAAUGGAUUCUGUCUCUUGGCGUUGCUGCAAUUGGUAGUAUAUUCUCCCGGGUAGCGAAUUCGAGCGUGGCAUCAUUCAAUCUAGUCGAGCUUCUACGACGUGCUAUACAUGUCCAGUCUGAACGGGUCCGAAGCUCACAGCCAGAUAUUUCCUUUGUACAGGCCGUUCUUCUCAAUCAACUUGGUAUGAUGUUUGGCCCAGAGACGACACGCAUCGAGGCUGUACCUGUUACGAGGGCACUCCUCGAGACUCUGUGUCGAAAGACGGCGUGUUACACCAAUUUUGACGCCUUUUGUCAACCUCUCGAUAGUGAAAACUCGGGCGAAGACAAUUGGGCCGAUUGGAUCAAGAAGGAAAGCCUUCGCCGCUUAUUUUACUCAGUUUGGAUCCUCGAUUGCGAGUACAACUGCUUUUGGUCAGGCCUAGGGAUAGUAACCAUUGAUUGCCUACAGCUGCCAGCGCCGUUACAUCCCAAGCUUUGGGAGGCCCCAAGUCAAGAAACAUGGAAGAAACAUAAAACAUUACAUGAGCCCGUGCCUUUUGGAACCGUUCUAUCCGAGUUUUAUCGUACUCGAAAGAUUGACAGCUCAGAUCCUUUCAACACACUGCUGUUGAUUGUUGGGGUCAAAUACCAUGCCGAAAGGCUCAAUCGUGCACCGAUCUAUCUUGGUAUCCUCCAGGACCAUGCCAAAACACUUCCGCCUUCAAGGCUCUCUGGUGCUGUCGAGAGUCUCUCCCACUUACUAUCAAUGUUGAUCUAUUCACCAGUUCAAGAGCUUUACGCAUUCUCGGGCUGGCGUGUAGACACCGCCCAAAGGGCCAUUGUUCAUGCCAAGUUGCGUACUUGGAUCCAAAGCACAAGCGAAGCGCGGACUGCUCUUAUGCACGCUUGUAACGCGUGGUCAAUGAUUCGAAGAAGUAAGACUGGGGCGCAGCAUGAGACGAUGGGAUUCUUGGUAGCAACGUUACUGAUAUGGGCUUGGAUUAAGCUAGGGAACAGGCCAGAAGUAGAUGACAUGGAUCUAUUAUUGACUGUUCGAUUGGAUGAAGGAAAGGACCACAUUAAAGAAUGGAUCAAUAAUAAUGAGGAACGGCGUCUAUAUCUUGGUGGUGUAGGGUGUCUUUGGGACAUGGGAGCAGACAGGAGACUGCUUCAGGAGUCUACAAACACUCUUGAUAGUUUCGACUGGCCGGCAGCUCACACGAUAGCAUCGAUCUUGCGAGAGCAUUACAGGUCGUUUGAUCAGGUGGCCACUGUUAGUCCGACAACCUAA